AUGAAUCUACCAAAUAAACCAUAUUUUCAAGAUGGCCUCCUGGUGAAGAAUGCCAUGCAUAAAGACAAUACCAUUCAGCAAAUAAUAGUGCCACAGAAAUACAGGAAAGAAAUACUGGCAACAGGACAUAACAUUCCACACGCCAGCCAUAUGGGUGUAGUCAAAACUAAAACCAGAAUCCUCAAAGAAUUUUAUUGGCCAAGUAUCAUUAAAGAUGUCAAGAAAUACGUGAAGUCAUGUCAUAUUUGCCAAGUCAAAGGACCUAAGAACAACAAAUCACAGGCACCAAUUCAAGAUAUGGAAUUGACAGACAAGCCAUUCCAAAAAGUCUCAGUUGAUUUGAUUGGUCCUAUGCCAGUAGCUUCAGCAAGAAACCAUCGAUAUGUCCUGACAUUGAUUGACACAUGUACAAGAUGGACAGAAGCAGUACCUCUAGUCAACAUUACAGCGCUUGACAUCACCAGAGCUUUGUCAGAGAUAUUUUCCAGAAUUGGUUUCCCAGAAGUUAUCCUCUCUGACAGAGGCACACAGUUCACAGCUGACAUUACCAAAGACUUCAUGAACAUGUACCACAUCAAGAUGAAGUUCACAACACCCUACCAUCCCCAAAGCAACGGGCUUUGCGAACGAUUCAACGGUACUUUGAAGAGGAGCAUUUCAAAAAUAGCACACAACAAUCCGCAGAAUUGGGACUUAUUGCUACCAGCAGCUCUGUUUGCAUACAGAGAAAGUCCUCAAGAAACCACAGGAUUCUCACCUUUCGAGAUGGUUUAUGGCGCCAACCCGAUGGCAAUCCUCAAAGAAGCUAUUAUUCGCCAAAACUCAAUCUCAUCAGAAACCAAGACAGCGUUUCAACAUGUGCAAGAUACCAGAAACAUAGUCAUAUCUGCAUGUGAAAAAGCAAAUGAAGCCACAGCCAUAGCAAACUCCAAUACCAGAAUGAGAGUCAAUAGAAACAGAACACUGAAACAAUUUGAACCAGGAGAUCAAACAUGGAACGAACAUAUCAAAGGACUACAAGAAGUUUUCAGCAUACUGAAACAACAUGGUUUUACCAUAAAGCCUAGUAAGGUAGAACUAGCCAUGUCAGAAAUAUCCUUCCUGGGUUAUAGAGUCAGCUACAAUUCGCUGAGACCACAAGAGAACAUUAUUCAACGCAUACUAGACAUCAAAGUCCCCACCAGUAAAAAGCAAGUGAGAAGUAUUUUGGGUCUGUGUAAUUUCUACAGACAUUUCAUACCAGGUUACACAGCACUCAUAGCUCCAUUGAUUGAACUCACUAAGAAAGGACAGCCAACGAAGAUUCCAUGGUCUACAAAGUUACAUACCACUAUUGAGAACAUUAAAGCUGAAUUCUCAAGAGACACUAUUCUCAAACUUCCGAAUCCAGAGAAGCAAUUUUACCUCGCCACAGAUGCUUCAUCUUCAGCUAUAGGUGCAUGCCUAAUGCUGAAAUACCAAGACACGUCACAGAAAUGCCAAGAGACUCUGCACCCAAUAUUUUUCAUCAGCAGGAAGUUGUCACCAGCUGAAACCAGAUACUCAACCAUCGAACGUGAAUGUCUAGCCAUUGAGAGCUUGUUGAUUGUCUUGAGAGAUAGGAUCAUCGUUGGUCUGUGUGAGUUCUGGAUUAGCUUCUUCUUGCCACGACUUCUUGUGUUGGUCACUAGUUCAAGGCAAUUUGUGGCAGAGUCUAUAACAGCUUGCAUGCUGUGUCUUGAUGUCGUUUGUAUUGACCUAACACACAAUUCUUUGGAUGUGACAAUGUCACUUUUUGUGAUCCUCUUGUCACUGUCACUCCACAUCCCAGUUUGCUGCAGUGUUGAGGCACCGGAUGUGACCAUGGCCACUGAGGCUGCAAAAGAUUCUACAACCUGGAGAUCGUCGGACCACAGUAGCCCUAGCACUAAGAACAUAGUAUUAAACAUCAUCGGACUCUUCGCGAUGUCUGGUCGCUACCCAGCUGGGAUCGCCUAUUUUUUGGCGACAUUGUUGGCUGUAGAACACAUCAAUAAGAGAGAGGACAUUCUGCCUGGUUACAAACUCCAAAUCAAUGCCCACAACACCAACUGUGAUGUAUCAAGAGGACUUGACGCCAUCUACAAGGAAUUCUAUGACAAAAAUAAAACGUCUAUCAUGACCUUGGGUGGCACCUGCUCUCCUGUCACAGAGGUCACUGCUCAGGUGUCUCACCAGUGGGGUUUACUACAGAUCUCGUAUUCCUCCGUCUCGCCCUUUUUGUCAAACAGUGAAAUCUUCCCCUCAUUCUUCCGUGUCAUGACCCCAGAGCAUAAUUUAACUCAUGGAAGGCUGAAACUAUUUAAAGAAAUGGGCUGGAAAAAUGUCCACAUCAUUUACGAGAAUUACAACGUGUUUUCUAUGGUGAAUGAAAUGUUGAAACAAGACUUAAAGCAAGAAGGAAUCGAUGUGGCCAAUCAAGAAAUGUUCACAAACGAUCCAGAGGAGAGUGUGAUCAACCUUAAAAAAAAAGAUGCCCGGAUUAUCAUCGUCAACAUGUAUGAAGGAAAAGGGAGAAAACUUGCGUGUUCAGCUUACAAUAAUGAUAAAGAUGGAACCUGGUAUAAAAAGGUUGUCUGGCUCUUUCCAUCAUUCUACGACAGACACUGGAUGGAUGUCAACGAUACUGCUUGUGGAUGUACUCCAGAACAAAUCAGACAGGUAAUAGGAAGAUAUUUCGCCGUUUCAUCGCAAACCAUCUGUAAGCAAAAAGACUAUUUGACCGAGAAUGGGCUGAGUCCUACCCAGUUCAAAAAGGAGUUUAGUGGAACCCGACUCUACAAUAUGCUCAAAUCUGAAAUUCCAAAAGAAUUCGAGGACUAUUACCAGACUUUUUUUUCGGAUGGUUCGGUGUACAAUGAACACCGUGCACCUGAAGCCUAUGACGCGGUCUGGGCUAUCGCCAUGGCAUUAAAUAAUACAUUGACAAAUCUCACGGAAUCAGGUGAUGUCAACGGCCUGGAGAAUUUUAACUACCACAAUGAAACUUUACUGAAGAUCAUGCGUGACAGCAUGCAAAAAGUGCGGUUCAAUUCUCUUUCUUGUGAGUUCUUUUUCAACAACAACGGCGACAGAAUACCUGGCAUAGAGAUAUAUCAGUUUAAAAAUGAUAACGCUUCUGGGUUUGAACUUCUCGGACAAUGUCACUUCAACGGCUCUGAUGGCCAGUGGAACUGUUCCUUGAACGAAUCUAAGAUAGUCUGGGACUCAGGUGUACGUCCAGUGGACGAAACAAAAAAUAAAAAUGUAACUAAGAAUAUUGACGUAUACAUGAGAAACGGGUUUUGGAUUCUGGCCAGUUUCGGGAUGACUAUGUCUGCUGGACUCUUAGUAUUUAACGUCUGCAACAAAUGUCACAGAAUCGUAAAAAUGUCAUCCCCGAGGCUCAAUAAUAUAAUACUUCUUGGCUGUAUGAUCUCCUAUAGUACUAUCUAUAUCAUGGACGUGAAGGAGGAAGUGACUUGCAUAUUGCGGACCUUCACUGUCAUCCUGAGUUUCUCAUUAAGUUUUGGCGCCUUGUUUGCCAAGACCUGGAGAGUGUAUGAAAUUUUCACAGCAGGACACAAAGUUUUAAAUACAAGAAUGCUACGAGACAGCAGUCUAUUUCUGAUUGUUGCCAUCUUAGUUGUCAUCAACAGUUCAGUUCUCGUGGCCUGGAUGAUAAUUUCGCCGCAGAUGCCCACGUUUGUCAACAUUGGAACCACUCCAGAAGCCACAGAGCACGCUAAUACCAAGUUUACCGAACAGUACCAGAAGUGUGACUCAAAAUACCGGGCUGAGUUUAUUUGGGCUCUGAUAGCCAUUCAAGGUGUUGUCAUCAUAUUUGGUACAUUCCUGGCCAUUCAAACCCGCAAGGUCUCAUUUCCCGAACUGAAUGAUUCCAAAUGGAUUGCUCUAUGCAUAUAUAACGUAGUGGUCCUGGGUCCUGUCAGCGUUUUUGUUGUUAUGGCAACGGAAGAUAAACCACAAGUUAACUACGCACUGGAGUCCAGCAUGAUAUUUUUAGUAACAACCAUGACCCAAAGUCUUAUCUUUUUCCCAAAGAUCAUAGCGUUUAAAAACCACAAUAGAAGCCUAACAGUGUUCAACGUAGGAAACAAUUUAGAGCUACAUGGGUUAAAGAGAGUCUUAUCCUGUCUGUGUAUGACAAGGUCCUUGAAACGGCGUUUGGUCAGCGAGAACAGCUCGGGUAGCUUUGACGUUUCGCAGCAGACUAUGGAAUUGGAUGUUUCCUUUGACUCAAGUGACUGUGUCGGCAUCAAACACCAAAACAAAAUGAAAAUCCCUCUUGGCAAGUCGAAAUCAAUGUCGCCUGAAAAACGAGUUUUUCGAAAACUGCCUUUCAAGAAAUCAUCAGAUGAAUCUUGGAUGUCUACUAGUGUGGCUCACAUUUCCUAUCGCGCUAAAACUGUCCAGUCACCUGUUUAUUGUUCUGGUGGAGCUUCUAAAGAAAAGGACGUCCGGAAAUCGCGACAUUCGAUGCGUUUCAAGGUUUUUAGUAAUAGUUAUCUGCCCAGGUCUAGGUCAGAUUCAAAUCUCAGCAUUAAUGGCAGCGAAAAGAUCGAACCGAAUGUAGCGGAAGAUUUGCCAGAUUUUCGUGAAAUUCAAACACAAUUAAAGCCCUGGCGCAGCCUAAGCACGAUGCCUACUGUGUAUUCGUCGUUACAAGAAGAAAUUUCUCUGGAAAGAAUCAAUGUCCUUGCAGACCUAAAGCUGACUUCAAUGUUGGGCUUCAAAGCAACUUGGGUGAAAGACAGUGAUAAACUUACACAACUGGGGAUUGAAGAAUUCAUUAAACGAAUCAAGAUUUAAAUAUCUUAUUUGGAUGUUGCAAGCCUACUACUAAGUUAUAAUAGUCCAACUAGUUUGACAAAGCAAAUGUUGUUGAUCCAACAUAAACUUAAAACUAGAUCUGUACAGAACACGACAAAAAGUUGAAUAACUGUGAUAGUUUAUUUCAAUAAAUCCAAAAAUGUUAGUUAGUAGGCCCAACAUACAACAAUUUUGUGAUUGGCUAACAUUAUAGCCUAUAAAUAUUACUUCCUUUAUUGUAAGAAAGUUGAUGGAGAUUUGUUUCAUUAUCUCAAUAUAUAAACGAUUCCUUAAUUUGAAAAUGUAUACUUAUCUAAUCAUGAUGCUUCUUUGCAUUAAAAUCGUGCUGGUCACAUGA